UUGCUUGAUUCAUUCAGCGACCAUUUCCUCAGUGCCUAGUAAAUGCCGGGCACCCCUGUGUUUCACAGUAGUCUGUUCACAAUAGCCCUGUGAGUAGGUACUACGAUGCUCUUUGUUUUACAGAGAAAGCAAGAACAGAAAGGCUGGGAAACCUAACCAAAGUCACACAGUAAAGUGGAGGGAUCCUUUUUCUUUUUUCGUUUUUUCGGCAUAACGCUUAUGCCUUUCCAACAAACGCACCCUAAAUUUAUCACUUUGCUGGCUCACUGUCUGUAUCUCCCCUGCUAAGAGUAUGGCUCCGCAAGAUGGCGGAACUCUGAAGUUUUGUUCACGUAGAACAGUAGAACCCAUAGGACAGUAGAACAGGCACACAGUAGGCCCUGACCUCUUAUGAAACGAAUAAAAGCGGCAGAGCAGGCAGUCAGUUUCGUUCCAGAGCCCAGACCUUAUCAGGCGGUAAUUGAGCUCUUACUGAAUGUCAAUUCUUAAAACUACAGUGAGGCACUGUGCCUUCUGAUGGCAAGGAAAACUUUGGGCUUUUCCUCAACUUCGCUCCAUCAUGGAGGUUGCUAAUUGCAUCGCCUGUGUGGUCAUUGCCUUUCCAGGGUCAGGGUUCAUAAGUGAGCCCACGGCUCAGCAGCUUCAGACACCAGCUGAUCUGCCAUGGGCUUCCUUAGUUAGACUACAGAAGACCCAGUCUGAGGCCUCAGAAGGAGGUGAGCUCCUCGGGUCAGAGGCAGAGACAUAGUCCUGAAGUGAUGGUCCCAGCAAAGGUACCUUUGUCUUUGAAUCCUUGGGUCCUGCCUCCUUAGAAAUAAAAUAGCUCCUCUGAGGGGAGUUGGAAGAGGAGCGCCAGCCCAGACCCCAGGGGCAGAGGGGGAAGGCUCACAGGACAGACCCAGAUGCUCUGGUUAGAGGGAGGGGGCUCACAGGAUAGCAGGUCCUAGAAGAACUGGACCUGCAGUGCCCUCUGUCCCUUCCUUCAGCUGAGAGAGAGCAAGGCUGACUCGGUGACUCAACUUCUAGCCACCAUCAAGAGCUGUGUGAUGGUGGUCAGUUGAACCCCUAUUGGAGGAGAGGGAUGAAAGUUACAGACGGAUGGAGGGACGCUGCCCUGCGGUAGUGCCUGCAAAGGCAGGAUCAGGCUGGAAAGAUUGACCACCUGCCUCACGGGACUUUCUCCACUCCUGACACAUUUGUGCACACAUCAUUAUAUUUCCCUCUUGUGCCAUGGGCUAUUUUUGUUUUGUUUGUUUGUUUUUUGUUUUUGACCGCCCCGCGCGGCAUGCGGGAUCUUAGUUCCCCAACCAGGGAUGGAACCCACGCCCCCUGCGGUGGAAGCACAGAGUCUUACCCACUGUUCGGCCAGGGAAGUCCCCUGGGCUAUUUUUGGAUUUGAGUCAGUCCCAUAGUAUACACAACCCACUUACCUGUAGCAGAAAUGUUGAAUCUCCUCUACCCUGACUAGAUGACCCAAGAGGUGUCUUUGGUUUCUGUGUGUCUGUGACCUUUCAGCGUGGUCUCUAGGUAGGCCAUCACCUAGCUCUGCUGCCUCUCAUUUUGAUGCUAGUAACUGGGUCUGGGAAGUGACUCAUUAAGCUGCAUCUUGCUGAGCCCUGUUGUCCUGAUCCUAAGGCAGGGAUUGCUACAGUAGCAAUGGUUAACAAAAGCUCCUUGCUGAAACUGUGUUUUGAACACCGCCAAAUAAGGGAGAGCAUGGCGAUCAAAUGGACAUAAUGGGAAAUAAGGAAGUAUUGGGGCGGGAACAGGGUGGCGGUGGCCCACUGAAGGGCCGAAGGAGCCUGGCGCAAGGUCAGUGGUUUCCAGCUCCAUGAGGAACUGACCAAUGCCUGGCCGUUAACCUCCCUCUACCCACCUCCUUUCCUACCUCCUCGCCCCUCCCUUCUGUCCUGUGCUCAGCUCUGGUUUGUCUCCUUCCUCCAAACCACAGCAAGCUGUCCCUGUCCUCCAGACUUUGCUCAGGGUCUAUCACCUCCAGGGCUUAGUGUGAUAAUAGGUGGUUUGUAAUAAUUUCUCCUUUCUAUUUUACUACUAAAUGAUAUUGUGAAAAAUGAAAAAAAUGCAAGUAAAUAAAAGAGGAAAGGUGGAGUUACCACUGGAAGGUAAGCACUCUCAACGUUUUCAUAAAUGCUCUUCUGGACUGCUCUUCCUCAAUAAAUACAUAUUGCUUAACAAAGGGGAUCGCACUACACUUGCUUUCUGGUAACCUACUUUUAAAUACGUUAAGAAAUGAGAACAGGAUUGCAUUGCAUUUUUAAAGCCCAUGCGGUAUUUCCCAUGUUGUGUGUCUAAUUUUUGAUCUGAGUCCCCUUUGCUGGAGGUUUAGUUGCUUCCAAAUUGUUGAAUGGUGGAAACACCUACAGUUAACAUCCUUGUAGCCUGUGCUUAUUUAUGAUUGCCUUUUUACGAUAAAUUUCCAGGCAUAGAAUUCCUGAGAGAAAGGAGAUGUCAGGUUGUUAAUGGCUUCCGAGGAGAUGUCUUUAAACACAAGUCAUAAAUCUGUCCAGGAAGAGAAAAUAAAUUGAUGUGGAAAACCCACAGGAUCUUAGCCGUGUCCCAGGGGAACAGGCUGGAGCUACCAGGCCACGUGUCCAGAUCAUCCCCGCUGUGGGGCAAGAGUGAUUGUUAUUAAGCUGGUGAUGGUGGUCUCAUGGCUGUAUGCACUGAUCUCGACCCCCCUAAUUCUGCCUUCCUAGAUCUCCAUCCUUUGUCAGGGCGGAGCCACAUGGCCGUGUCCCAGGAAACGUUGACCUUCAGGGAUGUGUUUGUGGACUUCACCCUGGAGGAGUGGCAGCAGCUGGACGCCACUCAGAAGAACCUCUGCAAGGAUGUCAUGCUGGAGAACUACAGCCACCUUGUCUCCGUGGGAUUCCUCGUGGCCCAACCAGGUAGGACCUUCAGGUUGGGACAAGGAGAAGAGGAGGCCAGGAUGGCAGCUGGAGAAAGCCCAACACGGAGGUGUCCAGAUCUCCAUCCUUUGUCAGGGCAGAGCCACAUGGCCGUGUCCCAGGAAAUGUUGACCUUCAGGGAUGUGUUUGUGGACUUCACCCUGGAGGAGUGGCAGCAGCUGGACGCCACUCAGAAGAACCUCUGCAAGGAUGUCAUGCUGGAGAACUACAGCCACCUUGUCUCCGUGGGAUUCCUCGUGGCCCAACCAGGUAGGACCUUCAGGUUGGGACAAGGAGAAGAGGAGGCCAGGAUGGCAGCUGGAGAAAGCCCAACACGGAGGUGUCCAGGGGGCUCGAGUUCGAUCCCUGGUCAGAGAACUAAGAUCCUGCAAGCCAGCUGGUACGGCGAAAAAUAAAAAAAAAAAAAGGCAAGAUUCAAAGAGAGAAGUCUGAGGGCAAAUGCUUCAUUAAAAAGUGAGGGUCCCUUGCUGAGUUCCCAGACCUGAGCCUAAUUUUAGAUCUGGAACCAAUUGUCUAGAGAGGUGCCCAUGUCCCUUAUAGGAAGAACCCUACAACAUUGUAGCAAACAUAAAAUACUUACCUUAGUCCCUUUCCGAGGGAACCUAUGGCCAUUUAUCUGGGUGACUAUGGUCAUUGGGGAAAAGGGAAUAUUUUUAGGACUAUUGGACACAGCUUUCUGAGUUGACAUUAAUACCCAGAUAUGCAAAGCAUCACCAUGGCCCUCCUGUUAAGAGUGGGGGCUUACUGGGUACAGGUGUUACACUGAGUCCUCGCUUAAACCUGAUUCACAGUGGCCCACUGCACAUGCAGACCCAUCCAGUGGUGAUUUCCUCAGUCUUCUAGUGUAUAAUUGGAAUUCAUAUACUUAUCAGUUGGACCAUUUACUACCUCUCUCCUCACCUGUAAUGUUUGUUAGCUGAUAAUUUAUGUAACAGUAUUCAGUGGUUACAGUGUAAAGAACUAUGGAGAUAACUUAUUUUUACCCAAAAAAAUCACACACAGAUAUUACAAUCACAGGAUACCCAUUUUUAAGAUGCAAAACAUAUACUCAAAACCAUACACUCAGACAACCACAUGGAAAAGGAAUAGGGAAUAUAUAGACAUAUGUGAAAAUGGGGUCAUUUUAAGAAGAGAAUUGUGUCACAUAUUAAAGACAAAGCUGAAUGGGAAAAUGGAUUGGAAGACAGAAUCUACUAUGCACAAGAUCAUUUUAUGGGUAGUUUCUGCAGACGACAUUUAAAAAAUUAAAAACUCAAUAAUCCUACCACCCAAACGAUAAUCUGGAUAAUCUGCUUAAUAAUUUGUUGUAUUUCCUUCCGAGCUUUUUGUUCUGUGUCUACCUAUACACACACACCUACAACAGAUACAAAUAUAAAACAAAUAUAUUUGUAUACAUAUAUAUGUGCAAAUAAUUUUACUCAGCAUAAAACUGCUACUUUUCUGCCAUCCAGAGUCACUGAUAUAAUGGUGCAUUAUCCAUCCUUGAUGUAUUUUUUUAUAAUGUAAACUAUGUGGUACAUUGUUUUAUGUUUUUUCACUUAGCCAAUUACCAUGAACAUUUCCCCAAAUCCUCAAACAUGAAAAAAUUUUUCAUUAGUGCAUACUAUUCUAUCUUAUUGAUAUGUCAGUUUUUAAUCAAUUGACUAUUGGAUAUUCAAUUUAUUUUUUUUCUAUUUUAAAUAGUAUUAUGUUAAGGUAGAUAAGCUGAAAAUUAAAGAACUUUUACUGACUAAUAAAAUGAGGCAUAAAUGUAACCAUAAAAUGAUUACCCUUAAAUAUUAAGUUAUAAGCACUGUUCCUAAGUGAAGUGUGUCAAAGCUUAAUAUAUGCCUUUUCUGUAAGGGGUUUGCAUUUCUGCACUGAAAGUGUUGAUGAAUAUGUGUGAGAUCUCCUGUUUGAGCUCCUUUGUUUCAGGGAUCAUGAUGACUCAUCCUCCGUCACACCACUUAAGGAAGCAAUUUUUCUAUUUUGUUUAAGAAGUAAACUGGGAGUUUGCCCUAGCUAGGAUUAACAAUUUUUGCUUUAUAUUUUUCUUUCAAAAAUGUCAUCCUCUACUCCACAGUGAACAUAUCUUAAUUAUUGAGUGCUUGUUUGCAACCUCUGCACCUUUCACACAAAAUGUGUGGUAUAGACUAUGGAACAUAUUUCUCUCAUAAUUUCUAACACAGUUUUCUAAACUCAUUAAAUUCUUUGUUUUUCCUCAGCAUAAAUACUCUGAUAGGUCAGCAUAAAUACUCUGAUAGGCAAGGAUAUUUAAAUUCUUUCUAAAGUCUUUUCCACAUCAAUAUAUUCACAGUUUUGCCACUUUUGAAUUCUCUGGUAUACAGUUCUCCACUUGUGUAAGAAUUCUGCAUGAAAAAUUGAUCACAUUUAUUAUAUCCUUCUGGAAUUAUACUUUUGUGCCUUUUAUUAAGUUAAAUGAACAUUAAAUAAUAUAUGAAGAGUUUUUGACAUUUUUUGAUAUUUAUAAGGUUACUCCCCAGGAUGAAUUGAUAUAUAAUAUAAUGAGGUGUAACUAGUGAAAUUAUCUCACAGUAAAGUAUCUUAAUAGGUUUUCUCUCCUGUAUGACUUUUCUGAUGUUUAAUGAGUGUUGACUUCCCACUGAAGGCUUUGCCACAUUCUCUGCAUUCAUAAGGUUUCUCUCCUGUAUGAGUUCUGUGAUGUACAAUGAGAGUUGAUUUCACACUGAAGGCUUUGCCACAUUCACUACAUUCAUAGGGUUUUUCUCCUGUAUGAAUUCUCUGAUGUUUAAUGAGAGUUGAUU